UCAGAAUAGUGGCAACCCUACAGUGUUUUCUUAUUGGGAACUUUCGGGCAGCCGCCUUUUGUGCGAUCACAGAGAGAAUUUUCACUAAUUAAAUUUGCAAAAGAAAAGGGGAGUUUUGGACGAGACAAAAGGAUGGAGGCCGUUCCGCGGCUACCAAUGUUGAGUUUCGAUGUGAAACAGAGUCACGAACCCACCUCCUUCACCAGCCUCAAACGCUACAUUGCGGAGCUUUAUCAUGAAGAUCCCGAAUCCUAUGCGAAGGAAUUUCAUGCGUUGGAAAGUCUCCGGAAUAGUGCUGUUCGUGCCACAAGAGACACCGAGGGAUGCUCAACAAUUAAGCGCUACUAUUGCCAGCUACACUCCCUCGUGCACCGAUUCAUGAGCCAUACCACGGAGCAUGUCCCACUGUCGUUUGCCUGGAAGGAAUUGUAUUCCGGAACUGCUGCAACAUACACGGAUAUCAAUCAGGAGAUGGCAGCUGUUUUGUACAAUGCUGGGGCCCUUCACACGCAACUUGGGGCUGCAGAGACACGUACAAGUGAGGAGGGGAUGAAGCUGGUUUGUACGCAUUUUCAGUGCGCUGCGUGGAUUUUUGGGCAUCUUCGGGAUAAUUUUAAGAAUACCGAAAUGUCAGACCUCAGUGGGGAUCUCCUGCUCUUCAUGCAGCAACUCUCCUUUGCCCAAGCACACGAAUGCAUUCUGGAGAAGAGCUUGACGGACAACAGGAAGGCCGCCACAGUUGCCACCGUUGCCUGUCUCAUUGUGAAUUUCUACAAUGUUGCCCUUGCGGCACUCACAACGGGCGGUGAUGAUGGCAUUGUGUGCGAAACAGUUGGUAGUCGAACGUACAAAGAGUGGAAGCGCUAUGUAAAGUUCAAGAUUGCCUACUUGACAGCCAUCCUGUACCUGUAUCAGGGGCAACAGUAUGAGGAGAUGCAGAAGAUGGGUGAACGCGUGACCCUCUUCCAGGCGGCUUUCGAUAGGCUCGAUGAGGCCCGCAAGGAGAGCAAAGGGAUGCCGAAUCAGGAGCAAAUUGCCGAAGCACUCACCUUCACGAUGGAUGUCAUUGAGGCAAAGAGGAAUGCCGCGAAGAAGGAGAAUGAAUACAUCUAUCAUGAGCAAGUACCGGACUUGGCGACCAUUCCGGCUGUUAAGGUGGAGAAGAAGCUCAUGAUGAAUGGGAUUGGAUUCAAUCCAUCGGAUCCGGAGUAUGUGAAUAAUGAUAUCUUCCAUCGUCUUGUACCGAUGGAAGCGCAUGAAGGGAGUUCACUCUACAGCGAAGAGAAGGCAGCCCUUCUACGGCAUAUUGGGGCAAAAGUUGAGGAGAAGGAUGACAAAUUGAAUGCCUUUGUCAAUUCCCUCAAUUUGGAUUCUCUUCAAUUUGAUAACACCGUCAAAUUGCCACAAGGUAUUGUCGAUCGAUGUGCUGCUCUUCAUGCCCGCCCUACGGCAAUAAGUGAUCUCGUUGCAUCAAUGUCAAGCCUCGCAGAGUCCUGCUCUGACGUUGAGUCCAUGCUACAAGAGAUACGUGAUAUGCUAGAUGAAGAAGAUGCGCGCGAGAAGAGCUAUCAGAAGACAAUGGGCGCUCGUCCCAGUGGACACUUCUCGGAGCUUAUUCGGGAAUAUCAGAAGUACCAUGAGGCUCACAAUAAAGCCGGUGAAAGCAAUGAGACCCUCCGGAAAGCCAUGGGGCUACACGUAUCGAAUCUCAAGACACUCGCUCAGCCACUGAAUGACAUCACAGCCCUCGUUCCCACAAAUAAGGAUGCCGCAGAUGAGAGUCAUUUUGCCGAAUUGAAGCAUCUCCUGGGUAAAGUGAAUACAAUGAAGGCACAACGGGCGGCACUUGUGCAGAAAUUCCGUGACGCCGUCACGGCGGAUGACAUCACGGGGAAGAUUGUGACGUGGGAGAAGAAGUUGGAGAAGUUGUUCAAGAAGGAAUUGGCUAAACAUGAUAAAUGUGUUGCACUCAUUGAACAAAACCUCGCAGCACAGGAUAAUAUUCUCAAAGCCCUAACAGAUGCCUAUGCAAAGUGUGCCCCACAGAUGAAGGCAGUCGUUGAGACAAAGCACAAACGGGAGCACUUUUUCUCCUCCCUGGCGGCUUCGUAUGACAUCUACGAGGAUCUCCUGGGAAAGAGUGUAAAGGGGCUGGAAUUCUACAGGAAACUCCAGGGGAAUAUUCAGAAACUCCUGGCACGCAUUAAAGCAGCACGAGAUGUGCAAGAGGAGGAACGGCAGCAACGUCUAAAGUCAACAAAUAUUGCCCCGUCGCCCAGUCACAGCAUUCCUCCCGAGAGCAUCCCGACAGCAGCAACACUUUCAACCAAUAAAAGUGGACCGAAACUGAAGGAUUACCUCAAGUCAGGUACCCUUCAGCUGCCUUCGGGUACACCGGGUGUUGUGACAACAGAAACAGCGUACAUUCCACCCGCAAUACGACCCAAUCCGUUAGGAUCUGAGAACACAUCAACAUCAACGUGCGUUACAACAACAACGUCAGACAAGUUCAUGUCACAGACUGUCCUAGGAGGCUACCAAAAUACCUACUAUCAGGCAGCUGAUCCUGGGCUACAACAGGGCUACGGAAGUGCUGGGAAUCUGUAUCAAACGGAUUCAGGACAACAACAACAACAACAACAGCAGCAGCAGCAGUAUUACAUGCAACAGCCACAGCAAUCACUUGGGCAAUCAACGCAAAAUCAAACCGGCUUCACGAAUCCCAUCUAUCAGUCACAGUUCUACUAUACAACGGCACAAGGUGCCACAUCCCAGAGUGGUGGCGGUAGCAUUCAUGACACAUUCACAAAUCCCGUAACACAAACAUCUGCAAGCAAUUACCAACCACCACUGCAGAGUUCAGCUGAUAAUACGUUGCAACAUCCAAUGUAUGGCUACUACGGGGAUCAGGCGUUAGGCUAUUCGGAUGCUUCAUCUGUUAACAGCUACUCAGCUGGAGUGCAACAAGCACCACCAAUUACGACACAUUCCAGUGGAAAUAAUGCUGAUGGUGGACACUUGUCGACGUACAUUGAUCCACAGCAGGCAUACUACAACCAGAAUCCCUAUAAUAGCUAUCAGACGACAUAUUCAACGACAACUGAUCAACAAAACCAGACGUACUACCAACAACAGCAGCAACAGCAGCCAAUUGCAUCACCUGGUUUGCCAGCAAGUAGUGGUGAAGGAGUGCCCAACAGUCAAGCAGCUGCUGCCAUUGGGAAUCUCACACAACAAGUUGCAGGAUGGAGUUUAAAUCAAACGGCAAAUCAGACGUACAGCACUUCACAGGCAUGGGAUGCAUCUGGGAAUUAUGGACAAGGUCAGAAGACAUCUGACACUCCUGCUCAUGCUGACGCUUCAAAGAAUCAAUAUGGAUACAGUACUACUAAUCAGUAUGAAGGAGGAGGGAAUGUUGGUCAGAUGUAUGGGCAGAUGUAUGGCGGUUCAGCUGCAAAUGAUCCAUAUUCAGCGUAUAAUCAGCAGCAAAUUGCAACGGCACAGUAUGGUGCAACUUCACAGCCAUAUUCACAGUUGGAUACAUCGCAAAUGGGCGUUUCGAACUACCCGCAAAAUCAAUAUUCCGGUCAGACACAGUCUUACGGUUCGCAUCCAGGCUACAUGUACAAUCAACUAACUGGAGAGUAUCAGUAUGCGAGUGGGUAUCAAGUGGAUGCAGCUGCAAUGACACAGUAUGCCCACAAUCACUACUCAAGUGCCGGCCAGUCAGCGUAUGGACAGACAAUUGCGAGUCCUUCGUACAAUUCUGCCGUAUCUCCGCAUGAUGCUUCUCAGUAUACAAAUCCACCCCCGCAGAUGGCAUCAAUGGUGCAGCAUGUCUCCUCAACGACCGGCCAGGUUGCACUUCAACCAGCACCAGCCGCUACGAAUAUCGAAUCCUCUUCUUCUGUUGCUCCCCCAACUGUUUCAGCUCCUGCUGCUGCUCCCAUUUCCAUUGCACCCACACCAAGUCCUGCCACAGCUGUGGGUGUUCCUGCAUCUCCGGCUAAAUCGUCAAAUUUCGAUCUCCUGUCUGGGAUUGAUUUUUCCACACCUGAAAUCCCAACAACGCCCCUCCUGCAGCCCAAAGUUGUCUCUGCUGAUGUUCCGUCGUCCAAAGUGGAGACAAAUAAUGAAGAAGUUCUCGGGAAGAAAAUUCCCGCCAAGGAAGCAAGUGUGCAGGAGGUGAAGAUGGAGAAGAAUCCACUGGAGGUUCUUGAUGCCCUUGAAGCUGCUGCUCCCGCAGAUGUUGUGGCAAAGCCAAUUCAGCCACAUUUUGAGAGGAAACAAAGUGCCGAUAGUGCAUCAAUUCUCUCCCAACUGGAAUCACUCGAUCAAUCAUUCAGUGAGACAUCAUCCGUGAAGAAUGAUGAUUUUGCCAUCAGUGAGGGUAUUUUGGGGAAGUACAGAGAUGCCCUGGAUGACCCAACAGUGCGUAAAUGGUUUCACAAAGAAGUUGAGCGCAUGGAGAAGUUCAUUGAGGGCAUCAACAUCAAGACACUCAAUGGGUCAACGCCAUUGGAUACAAAGUGGAAGGAAUUGCAGGAUUUACUCGUGAAGGAUGAAUCAAAGCGAACGAUAACAGUGGCCAAAUGGUUCUAUGAGAAGAACUGGAAGAACCUCAAGGAAGAUUACGUCCCAUAUGAUCAUGCACGAGUUGUUCUGCCAACGGAAACUGAGGACUACAUUAAUGCAGCAUACGUAAAGGAACUAGGUCCAGGCUGUCCGCAAUUGAUCCUAGCACAGACACCAAAAUCCACGACUUUCAAGGAUUUUUGGUUUAUGGUUUGGUCACAGAAAUCUCAGCUUGUUGUCUGCCUCCACCCACCGGCUGAGAUCCUCGAUACCUUCUGGCCAACACAGUUGAAUGCCGAAGUGACUCAUGGGGACUUUUCGGUGACACUGAUGCGUCAAUUUGAUUUAUCGCAUUGCACGGAAUUGAGCUUGAAGGUGACAAUGCUGGGCAGUGAUGCCAUCCACUAUUGCAGCUUGUUGCAGAUGAAGGCACCCUGGGGCAAGGGGUCAUGCAGCCACAUUCUCGGUAUUGCACAGAAUGUCAUUGAUGCAUUGCGACGGUUGCAGAGUCAAGAUGGGGGCGGCGGCGGAAAGUCCUGGCCUGUGGUGAUCAAUUCCCUAACUGGGGCUGAUCGUUCGGGGUGCCUCUCAGUGGCCAUUACGGCAAUUUUGGGUGCUCAGGCACGUCGUCCGGUGCUCAUAAAUGUCAUUGAUGUGUGGUUUAGGAUUUGUUCGCAGCGAAAAGGUGCCCUAGAGGAUGCGGAGAAUCUUCUGCUGUCCUACAAGAUUGUCCUCCAGCACGGGCAUGAGUUGCUGAAUAAACAUGGAAUAAUGACUUCGCAUCAGCUAAAAACAGCCCAAACAGCAGCUGUGGAAGCCAAACAAGAGAUUCUUGAUCCACUGAGUCAGCUAGAUCCUCUGUGGAAGCUGAAAUGAAGAAGUCCAGUAGAAGCAGGAAGGACAAUUUGUUGAACAUUGUGCAUUGUUUCUCAUCAAUAUUAAAUAAUUAAUCUAAAACUUUUACAUUACAACUAAAUUGAUAUUCUUUCCAAGAAAUAAAUUUCUUUUUAGCUUAAAAUAUAAAACAUUUAUAAAAAUUCUUAUGUAAUUUGAUGGAUGGAUAAAAUAUUUAAUCAAAGAAAUUAAAAAGAAAAUUUACAAAAUUCAUCAAAA